UACGAGACGCGCGGACUACAAGUCCUGGCGUACGGCGCGGCCCGGAAGGAUCCGUCAGCAGUCGGCGCUGGCGGGCGGUGCGGCAGCCGGCGAUGGCGGGGCAGAUGGCGGUGCUGGGCUCGGCUGUCCUGGCGCUCCUGUUAGCCGGCUAUCUAGCCCAGCAGUAUUUACCGAUGCCUACGCCAAAAGUAAUCGGGAUUGAUCUUGGCACGACUUACUGCUCUGUUGGUGUCUUUCUUCCUGGGACGGGGCAGGUGAAGGUUAUUGCAGAUGAAAACGGGCACCACAGCAUACCCAGCAUAGUGUCCUUCACUGACAGGGAUGUGCACGUAGGGUAUGAUGGUCUGGAACUGGCAGAUUCGAAUCCUCAGAACACUAUAUACGAUGCAAAGCGAUUCAUUGGGAAGAUUUUCACUGCAGAAGAACUGAAAAGUGAAAGCAGUAGGUAUCCGUUUAAGAUUUUCAACAAUGGCGGAUCAGCUGAAUUUUCUGUGACAACUAAUGAAACCUUUCAUGUCACUCCAGAGCAUAUUGGCUCUCAGCUGCUACUGAAAUUGAAGAGAAUGGCAGAAGACAAUCUUGGUAUGCCCAUUUUGAAGGCAGUCAUCUCUGUGCCAGCAGAGUUUGAUGAAAGGCAACGGAAUGCUACUGUUAAGGCAGCUAACCUUGCAGGGCUAGAAAUCUUGAGAGUAAUUAACGAACCCACAGCUGCAGCUAUGGCUUACGGACUGCACAAAGCUGAUGUGUUUAACGUUCUGGUGGUGGAUUUGGGUGGAGGAACUUUGGAUGUCUCUCUGUUGAACAAGCAGGGAGGGAUGUUCCUCACACGAGCCAUGGCAGGUAAUAACAAACUCGGAGGACAGGAUUUUAAUCAGAGGUUGAUGCAGCAUUUAUACGAUCAGCUCCAUCAAAAAUAUGGUUCUCUGCCAUCAAGAAAAGAAGAAAUACAUCGCCUCAGACAGGCUGUGGAAGCAGUUAAAUUAAACUUGACAGUUCAUGAGGCAUCUACGCUAAGGGUGUUGUUGACUAUGCCAGAAACAAAGCUUACAAAAGAACUUCCAGAAGGUCAGGUAAAACAAAAUGCUGCUCAUACAGACAAGCCUUCACAGAAAACAAAAGACCUGGAAGAUCUUGGAGAUGUUUCAAAUGGAAAAAAUGACUUUGUCAAAGUUGUGUUUGAAAGAGAAAUCUCUAGGAAACUAUUUGAUGUAUUGAAUGAGGACCUUUUUGAGAAGAUUCUUGUGCCCAUUGAACAGGUGUUGAAGGAAGGGCACCUACACAAAACCGAAGUGGAUGAAAUUGUGUUAGUUGGGGGCUCCACCCGGAUUCCUAAAAUACGCAAAGUUAUUCGGGAUUUCUUUGGGAAGGAACCUAACACCUCUGUAGACCCUGACCUAGCAGUUGUAAUGGGUGUAGCUAUCCAAGCAGGAAUUGUUGGUGGGUCCUGGCCUCUCCAAGUCAGUGCUAUAGAAAUUCCUAAUAAGCAUUUACAGAAGACUAAUUUUAACUGAAGAUAAACUCUUUCCUGUUGCAUUCCAUCUCUUAAAAAGCAUACCCUGAUGGUGCGUACUUAUCUGACUGACAGUGGAGCCUAAUCUUAGCCAUAUAAUGAUCAUUUUUUUAUCACUUCCAGUUCGUGCUGCUGGAUGCCUGUGUUAAAACUAGACCUUACUUUAAAGGUACGAGUGGUUUUCAAAGUUCUGAAGUGUCCUGUGUUUGCUUGUAGACUGGAUAUAAGAUGAAAAUGCUAAUGAUGACACACCCACAUUUUCUUGCUAAAUUUUAUUAGCAAAUCCUAAAGAGGUGUUUGUUGAAAAAUUGAAUAUAAAGAGAGUGUGACCAAAGCUUAGAAAUAAUACGGCAUUAUGCUGUAGGUGUUCCCACAUCAAAUAUAUUUACUUUGGAAGAAUGUGAAGCAGUGUUAACACACAUAAGCACUAGUAGUCUUGAGCUUAAAUUUAUUUAUUAAAUUGAGUUAUUUGAGCAUUUAGGAACCUUUCUAAAAGGCAUGUUGCAGCUUGAAUGAGAUUUACACACUCAGUUGAUUCUUCUGCUGUUCAUAACAGCAUAACAGUAUUACUGAAAUCAAGUGGCAAGUUCCUGCCUCAUGUUUCAGUCACGCCAUGCUAAGAAAUUUAGCUCUUGCUGAUGUACAGUUAUUUAGUGUGUCUCCAAGGGCUAACUUUGUGAUCUGUUCUUGAUGGUUAACACAUAAGUGCUGCUGUCAUACCACUUACGUUCUCAACAGGGAACAAGUGCAUAUCAUCAACUCCUUAUACCUCUCCCCAUCUUAUUUGAAAAUUGUAGUAAUUUUAUUUUUAGGUAUCUUAAAGUUACGUCUGUAUAUAUUCCCUUAAAUUUGACCAACAUGAAUUUCAUUGUUGCACACUUCCUGGUGUGUGAUGUCCUUCCCCUUGAGUACCUCCCAACUGUGCUGUUGUCAGAGAGAAAGUGUGGGGCAGAAGGGACCACGUGGAUGAAAUCUAGUUCCUUUAGUAAGUGAAAAAUCAUCCAAGUCUAUACUUUGGAUAGAUAGUAUCUUUGGUUUAAGUUUUGUCAUAUCCCCACUCUAAACUGAAUGUAGAUUAGAGAUUGUAGCUGUUCUUUUGGGAAGGAAGCAGAGCCUGUAACUCAGGAUUUGAGGUAGCAGCAAAUAUUUCGCCACCCACCUAUCUAGCAAAUGCAUGAGGAAGAAAAAAAGUUGAUACAAAAGAAAGUUGGUGACAGUUCUGCUUUUUAUGAAGAGUUAAUACUGAAAGGGCCAGAUGAAUUUAUGUUUAGAACUCUGCAGUGAAAACACUUCAUUCAGGUAAGACCUGUCUCUUCAUCCAUCAAUGCAGUCUUAAUCAGGUAAGGUCUAGUAACAGGUGAUCUAAGCAUUUUUUAAUGCUUCAAAAAUAAUUGUGUUAAGUGUGCCAAGAUAUGAACUGUGGGGCUUAGAUCUGUAGCUUAACUUAGAACCAUUUUAAAAUAGGUUUAUCGUUCUCCUGGCGGUAGAUCUGAUUUACGGCACUGCCUUUUCAAAUGGUUGCAUCAGCAUAAUUGAGUAGCUAUACUCUAAACAUAUGCUUGAAGUAAUCCUAUUAAAAACCUCUUAAAUUGAAUCUUAGUUGCAUGCAACAAUUCCUUCAGUAUUAUUUAACUUCACAGAAGACUCCCACAAUAUUGCUAACAUCUGUUUAAUUUCACUGAGUUGAAAACCAAAGUGAAUUUUUGAGGAUUUUUUCUUCCUUUGUAUCUAUUUGAAAGUGACCCUGCCUUUACAUCUGUAUGGGACAUCCAGUACUGUGAUAAUGUAUUCAAAAGAAAAUUUGUACAGUUAUUAAAAAAAAGUGGGUCCUAAGGGAUGGUGAAUAUAACUAAAACUCCUGAGUUGAAAGAAGUCUCUUCAGUGAAAUCAUGGAUGAAUGCCAAUAUACAAUACAGUUCUCACGUGCAGUUGCUGUUUGGGGUCUUUGCGUUGCAGACAUACAUGUGUAUAUACACAAUUCAACAUAUAUUCCAAAGUAUUUGGAGUCAUUGUGGCCUUUUUUCUAUCCUGCUAAAAUUCAUGUCAAAGUGUACUGGAGUUUUAGUAGGUGUUCAGUAGGUUUUUUUGUUGUUUUUUAAUGCAGCUGUUCAUUUUAUGCAGUGCAUUGAAACGUUGCAGUUGAGCUAAAACUAAAAGAUUUUUGAAAUUUCGGGACAAGUUAUGCAGAAGCGUGGGAGUAACUUUAAACUGUUAAGCUCUUAAAUGCAAAUAAAUGAAGUACUUUUUUUCUUUAGCAUAGUCCUUCAGUAUGGAGGAGUUUAAUAAUUAAAAGCAACCUCUGGUGUUAAUCUGGGAAUUGCAAGGGAAGGGUAAGUUGUUGUUUACUUGUGAAAAUUUCACAAAAGGGUAUUUAUUCGUUCAGAUUUCAAUACAGAUUAUUUUAGUAAAUAAGUUACUGUACAUUGGAUAUCUCUCAAUGCAUCUUUAUUUAUUAGGUAACUUUUCUGAAUUCUGUGGUCAAGUUAUUUAUUUGAUCUUAGUACUGUAUUUUGACACAAACCAUCACAUUUUAGAUAAGUAGAACACUACUAAAUGGACAUUUCCAGGUAUGCACACAUACUGUUUAUCAAAAGUCUCUGUUUCAACAAAUUGAUAUUUGAAGGCUGAAAUCUUUCUACAAACUGUCCUUUAAUUCUGAGUAUGGUUCCUGUGGUGUUAGAUGUGUAACAAAUCUAUAUAGCUAAAGCUUGUAUUGUGAGUUGAAAUUCUGAAAGCAUAAGGUGCCUCACUAAUUGUAUGUUCCUGAAUUGUUUCUAAGUGCAGACGGUGAAAUGCAUCUUACAAGUAACCUUUUAAAAUGUUUUUAUUAAAAGCAUUUUCUGUCCUUUCAA